CAAAAUGGUGGGCCCUACAUAACCAAGAAAAAUCGUCACUCUGGUCGUCAGCAAGCUAUUUUGUGGCUUAAAUUUAUCCACGUGGCAAUGUGCUACUUGCCAGCAACUAGAUUUGCCUUCCCCCUACUGACAUUCUCUCUCCUCCAUGAAUUUGAUAGACAAAGAUAUAAAGUUAUACUUGAUGAAGCCCAUACCACUACUUCCGCCAACUCAUCAAUCAAUAUUGUUUAGAGAGAGAGAGGUUUUAGAGAGAGAAAGAAGCGAAGGGGAACCAUCAAAUCUAACGGAAAUAGGAAUGACGCAAUUAGACGGCGGUGGAGGCAAGUAUUUUCCGGCGGGUUGGAACGUGGCGGCGGCGAAGCCUUGCGACUACUGCAACUCCACGGCGGCGCUGCUCUUCUGCCGCGCCGAGUCCGCUUUCAUGUGCAUGUCUUGCGAUGCCAAGCUGCACAGCGCCGACGACAAGCCGGCGGCGGCGCGUAGGCACGAGCGCGUCUGGAUGUGCGAUGUGUGCCAACAGGCCCCCGCCGCGGUCACCUGCAAAGCGGACGCCGCCGCCCUCUGCGUUACCUGCGAUCGAGACAUCCACUCCGCCAACCCCCUCGCCCGCCGCCACGAGCGCGCCGCGGUUGUUCCUUUCUACGACACCGCCGAAUCCAUGGUACCGAUGAAGUCAUCAACCCCUUCUUCCACCGCCGCCGCCCUCUCAGGCGGCGAUUCUCACCGGAAACUAGACAAUUCCACCAUCCUGAACGACUAUUUCCCAGAUUCGUGGAUCUCCAGUGAACCAUUUGUUACAACCAAACUUCCGGCGGAUAAUCCGGCCAUGGAUUUCUUCUUCUCCGACUCCGAUCAGCUCCUAAAUUUCGAUAACUACCAAAUUUUCUCAUCAAAUCCUUUCAACGACAGCGUCGUACCCGUGCAGACAACAGUCAAACCGCCGGUUCAGGCUCAGCUAAUUCACAAACAGCCGCCGGAAAAUCGAUUCGAGAUCGACUUCACAAGAUCAAACAUCACUUCCUACACAAACCAAAAAUUCCAGGCUACGUCAUCGUCAACGGACGUAGGAAUCGUGCCUGACGUAAGCAGCGGCGGCGUCUCUGAAACGACGUCGUAUCCUUUCGCAACCACGUCCGUGAAAUCGGAAAAUUACGAUCCGAUUCCGAUCAGAUCCAUCAAUCACGUGGACAGAAAAGCUAGGGUUUUGAGGUACAAGGAGAAGAGGAAGAACCGGAAAUUCGAGAAGACGAUUCGUUACGCUUCACGGAAGGCCUACGCCGAAACGCGGCCGCGAAUCAAAGGGCGGUUUGCGAAAAGAACGGAAUACGAUUCUGAUGCCGACGAAAUAUUCAGCUCCGGCGCCGGUAGUAAUUUCUUCGCCGAUGCAGGAUACGGCGUCGUUCCGUCUUUCUGAAUCUCUUUAUGUAUGAAUAGUAACAAUAAAUUUAAAUUAUCUAUUAAUUAAUGCUUUUUUUUAUUUAAUUAUUUAUUAUUAAUUUUAUAACAGUCAAAUGUACAUGUGGCAAAAUGGAUCAUAGUCUUAAUUCUGAUUGGCUGAGGGGGGCCUUUUCUCU